CUCUCUCUCUCUGUGUCUGUAUGUAUAUAUAUUCACAUAUUUUCCCUUUCUCUUGCAAUCACUCAAUUAAAAUAUCAUAAGAUGGCCCAAAAUGGUUCACUUGAAGAGUUUCUUGAUGUUGCAGUUGAAGCAGCAAAGAGAGCUGGAGAGGUAAUUCAUCAGGGAUUCUACAAGACUAAGAAUGUGGAACACAAAGGACUGGUAGAUUUAGUCACAGAAACCGAUAAGGCAUGUGAAGAUCUCAUUUUUAAUCAUCUCAAGCAGCAUUUCCCAAGCCAUAAGUUCAUUGGUGAAGAAACGACUGCUGCUUGUGGAAAUUUUGAGCUAACUGAUGAACCAACUUGGAUAGUUGAUCCACUCGACGGAACGACUAACUUUGUGCAUGGGUUUCCUUUUGUCUGUGUAUCUAUCGGUCUCACAAUUGAGAAAAAACCAACAGUUGGUGUAGUUUACAACCCAAUUAUCGAUGAGCUUUUCACUGCAAUCGACAGGAAAGGUGCUUUUCUCAAUGGGAAGCCAAUCAAAGUAUCUUCACAGCCUGAACUUGUGAAGGCUCUUCUUGCUACAGAGGCUGGAACGAAGCGUGAUAAGUUAACGUUAGAUGCUACUACAGGGAGAAUCAAUAGCUUGCUUUUCAAGGUCAGGUCCCUUCGGAUGUGUGGUUCUUGUGCAUUAAAUCUCUGUGGUGUGGCAUGUGGAAGGCUUGAUCUCUUCUAUGAACUUGAAUUUGGAGGCCCUUGGGAUGUAGCAGGUGGUUCUGUGAUAGUGAAAGAAGCUGGAGGGCUUGUGUUUGAUCCAUCUGGUUCAGAAUUUGACCUCACAGCUCGACGGGUAGCUGCUACAAAUGCUCAUCUCAAGGACGUAUUUAUCAAGGCCUUGAACGAAUGAGAAUCAUGGAAAAGGGAAAGAAGCUCUCUCUGAAACCUGUUUUAUUUCAUUAUUAAACGGUGUAAAGCUACUCAAGUCCUGACUCCAUCUUCAGGAUUCAAGCAUUAUUUAGCCAAGAAACGAUUUUUAAUUAGCAAGUCGACCGUGCUAGCCUUUUUCAAUAUUCAAAGACCAGAUAAUGGUAUAGAUUUGAUUCUUUAGUGUAAGAAGCUUCCUGGAAGGCCAUUUUCUGUCAAAGACAUCAGUUUGUUUGAUGGAAAGGUACUUCAAUAAUAUAGACAAUAGGACAGAUUUGGUUCUAUAUUAUAAGAAGCUUCCUGUAAGGCCCAUUUCUGCCCAAGACAUCAGUUUGUUUGAUUGAAAGGGGCAUCAAUAAUAUAACUUCUCCUUUGUCUUU